ACGGCCCGUAGGCCACAAGAGAUAUACGCCAGUGGAUCUGGAGCUGGCACCACCGCUCUCCACUCCGGUCGUACUCGCCGUCUGGCUCCCAGGUGAAAGAUUAUCCCCCUACCCUUCAGUGGAGCGGUCGUAUGGGACAGACUUGAUGCGACGUUAUGCCCAUUCGGAAGUGGCCCGUAGCACAAGGACGCACGCCAUGGCUAACGGCGGCAACUACCACUGGGGCCAGUCCCUCAGACAGACUCGAGGUCCUCAGCCCCUCUCUGCAGACCACUCAUUCCUGUGCAGCAGCCCUGCGAUUCGCACCGACAACAGCCCCUACCUGAUGGAGGUUCAUAGGGGGGCGAGGAGACAAACAGGCUACGGGUCAUUCAAUGCUACCCAGAGAGCAGAGGGCCUGGCCUGGCUGGGCCAGGUGGGGAGGGAGAGCCAGAAGCAUGUGGGAGCCAAAUGGCCUCCCUCGUACCCAACCUCGCUGGUCAGCAUGGAGGUGGACAUGGGCCAGAAGAGGGAGGCGGUGGAGCCAGAGAUCCAGCAGACAGACGUGAAUGACGUCACUGCGCUGAAGCCAGAGAGCAAGGUGCCUGAGCUGACAUUGGAGAGGGCAGUGAACCUGCUGGGCCAAGAGAAUGAGGAGAUGCAGAUCACUGCUGCCAGCUUUAUUCAAAACCAAUGUUUCAACAGCGCUGAUGCUAAGAAGAUGGUGUUCUACCUCCACGGUAUACCCAGGCUGAUCAAACUGCUGCAGAGCGACAGCGAGGAGCUGGAGCCGCAUAGCGGCGGGGCGCUCACGAAACUGGUCGUCUUCGAGAGCAGCUGGAACAAGAUGCGAGGCCUGUCUGAGGGGGAGAACCCCAAGAUGGGCAUGCUGGCUGACCCAAUUGACAACCUUUACAAUGCCACUGGCUGCCUCCGAAACAUAAGCUCGGCUGGUCCAGAAGGGAGAAAAGCCAUGCGGCAGUGUGAGAACCUUAUUGACUCACUGGUAUACUACAUCCGCGGGACCAUAGCUGACUACAAGCCUGAUGACAAGUCCACAGAGAACUGUGUGUGCAUCCUACACAACCUCUCCUACCAGGUGGAGCUUCCACAGAAGUACGCCAGCGAGCUCCAUGAGUCUCGACUCAACCUGGCUCCAAAGACCAAGACCCCCGGCUGUUUCGGCUCCCGCAGUGCCAAAAUCAUCCAGCGUCUUGAACCAAAGCGCCCUCUGCUGGAGGAGAAGGGUAGUCCCUGUGGGAUGGAGUGGCUGUGGAGCGCCAUCACUGUGCGCAUGUACCUGUCAAUCAUGGCCCGCAGCAUCCGUCCCUACACUCAGGAGGCUGCCAUCGGAGCCCUACAGAACAUCACAGCUGGGAACGGCCUAGUAUCCCAGGCCAUCGCCCACACCACCCUAUAG